AUGUCGCUACCACCGACCAUCCCCCGCAGACACAACAUCAAGGAUGCAGAACGCAAAGAGAUCUUCCCCAUAUCAGAUGAGGGCGCACCGCCCUUCCCAGUCAGGCGCGGAUCCAUUGGUUUCUUCCGAGGCAAGCGCGCCAGGGCACCCAUCGCCUUCGACCAUGAUGAGCUCUUCAAGAACCUGCAGGGCCUCCAGACCCUCCAAAACCUGGACAUGACCCACUGUUCCUGGCAGGCCCACCAGGAUCUCUCUGACUCUAAUCCCAAUUCCAACCUCAACUCACUCUCGACCACGCCCACCACAGCAGCGACUCCAGCCCUGACAGCAGCCGCAACACCGACAACACCAAUCGGAUCUCAGCACCAGAACAUCCUGAAGCACCACUCACAUUCACAUCCACAUCCACACCCGCAUACCCUGUCACGCUCGGUCUCUCGUUCCCCGCAGCCGACGAGUCCAGUAGCGGCAUCAAUACAGGACUACCAUGUGCGACAGGAGCAGAAGCUGGCGACGUUCAUGAAGCGGAACCUUCUUCCUCCACACGCCCUCCUGACCCCAACCAGCGUCUCAUCCUCAUGUCAACCCAGCCCCAGCACGAUCUCUUUCUCCACCCCUCCUUGCUUUGAUUGCUGUCCGAGCGGUGCAUCGUUUACGGACGAAGCAGAUCAUAGACAUCCCCAGAUGAUUCAACGGCCGCAUGUUGAGCUCCAGUCAUGUAUAGAUUCAAUUCCGUCGACGCACGACGUGCCCUGUCUAUCUGUGUCUGAUUGGGGCAACCAGGGCCGGUGGGCAGGCGAGCAGGAGUGGUCGGACGAUAUCCCUGAAGGUCUGGAGCACGACGGUGGCCCCUGGGAUCAUAUCACCCGAGCAUUGUUCAAGGGACAGAACUACUCUGCCCCUCUUGACUUUUCGAGAAAGACGCAGCAGCAGGCAGAGACGAGUAGUCAGACAACAACAACAACAACAACGACGACGACAACGCCGACGACAGUAAGAUCGAUGACCGAGGGAGAUUUCGAGAUCAAGGACACGGAGGCGACUAGUGAACAGGGUGAACAGCCAAUCCCGCAGAGGAGAAGAAGCGGCUGUAUAGAUUGCGAUGGUGAUGGAGGCAGGUGUGAUUUCGAUGUGGCCGUGCAUCACCCCCUGGCCUCCUCAUUUUCAUCGAUGGCAACGCUGGGCCCACAUUCGGCGAUCGUGCCGAGCAAGGAGAACGAGCAGUCGUUGGUGAUUCUUUCGGUCGGCUGUGGAAACUCGCAGUGGGCCACGGAGAUGGCACUGGCACAUCCUCAAUCGGCGAUACAUGCGAUCAAUGUGAGCCAGGUCCCAUCCUUGCCACCGAUCCCGGAGACGACGCCGAGUUUCGAACUGGAUAACUUGUUCUUCUAUAACCUGGACGAUAACUCGUUGAAGGUGCCGUUUGUGUCGAACAGUGUGGAUUAUAUCCAUGUGCGGAGGUUCCUGCCGAAUGUGAACAAGACCAAGUACCUGGCCUUUUUGAGGGAGCUUGUGAGGGUGUUGAAGGUGGAUGGGUACAUGGAGCUGGUGGAGCUGGAUUUGAGGUUGAGGGAUUCGGGGGUCGAUAACUGUUGGCCGAGCUACUGGACGUUGAUCGGGUUCGAUAAGUUGGGGAUCGAUACGUCGUUGGCACUGAAUCUGGGAGGAAUCUUGAGGACGAUGCCGGAUAUGGAGGUGGUGCGCAAGUCCGGGGUGAUUAUGCCUGUAGGGAUCCAUGGAGGACGGAUCGGGUUGGCGGCGGAACUGCUGUGUUGGCGGUUUGCGCUGACGGUCAGGCCGUGGUUGAUGCGGCAGGCGAUGCUUUCAGGGAGUGAGUUUGACGAUCUGCUGGAGCGCGCGAGGCAGGAGACCCGGACACUGAAGAGCUACCAGGUCUGUCAUGUGGCCGUGGCGCGCAAGAUCGCACCGGGAGCAGGAAUGACUACCACGGCUACGGCUACGGCUGCAACUACGCCUACGCAGGCCACAACAACGACAACGACGACGAUGGGCCCAGUAUCAGCAGUACCAGCAGCACCAGCGCUAGCAGCACCAGCACUAGCAGCACCAGCAACAGCGCCGGCGACGGCGAGUGGUGUCUCAGCUGCUGGCAUGUCAGCUGAGCGUGCCUUCUCUUGA